UUGCCACGAUAAUGCACUACUCUUUGUUUUAUUGCUGAAAUAGCAGAGAGUACAUGACAGUGUCUCAUUACUAACAGCAGAUAUUUUGAACAUUGUUGCAGAGCACCAAGAAGACAGAGGUAUGUGUUCUCUGUCCUAUCUGCUAAAGCUACAAUCCAUGUGAGCAAGCCUACCGCGGGAAAAGGCGUCUCUUGGUAGGCGUGGUACCUAGCGAGCGAACCCUUACGAUGGAAGAGAAGGAUGUUCUGUGCCUUCUCCUGCUGACAUUUUACAUCGUCCCGGUCAUCAACUGGAGACCCACAAAGUGCAGCUAUGGAAGCCCUGUUGCCGACAUCGUCUUCAUUGUCGACGGUGCAGGAGAAGAGGAUUUAAUGAGAAGCAUCGUGAAUGACCUCGUAAUAAACACCAAGAAAAAGGAACUGAACCAAAGCAAAAUGCGGUUCUCUGGCCUAUGUUACUGCAGGAGGCCUCUCGUUUGCUUUGACUGGGACAGCUUCCAGUCACGAGAUGUAGAAGGGAUAAAAAAAGAAACAGCCACCUGCUGUCCCUCAUGUAGGAGCGAAAUGCCAGGUCCCACCACCGACGUACACCUGGCGGCAGCCCUGAAUAUGACAAGGACCCAGCUCUUUGCGAACCACAGACCCGGGGCAUCAAAAGUCAUUGUCCUGUUUACGCACACAAACUUUCCCUUUUCUUUGACCAUCACCCAGACCAGACUUCUCAAGUCACAAGGUGUCCGGUUCAUAGCGGUCGGCAUAGGCCAGGAGACCGAUGAUGCCAUACUGCAGGACUUUACUGACGAUUCCUAUUACAUUGUCCGGUCGAAUGAGACCAACCUGUUGGCUAGUCUGUGGACAAAACUUCACCGUCUUUUAUGCAGAGGUAUCACUAGCAGAGUGAAGAGAGGCAUCACCUGCCCAAGCGACCUGUACUUGACGGCACCACCAAAAGCACUGUGUGCCGUGGCCACGUGGUCGACUCCUGGGGGAAGCACAGGCGGUCCUUAUGGCGGAAAUAGCGGCGAGUGCUUUCCGGAAGGAAGCAGGACUAUUAGCUACGAGACUUAUGAAAAGAGCGGCUGGUGGGUCUUCAGCUCAACCGACCGCUACACCUGUUCUUUCACAAUACACGUACAAGUUCACCGCUGUCCACAACUGAAUAGUUUUUCUGACGGGACAAGGGACUGUGAUGGCGCAGAACCGAACGUCGAUGGGUCGGUUUGUUUCCAUACCUGUAACGAGGGCUACGAGAUUCGCGGAAGUCCCAUCAUACAGUGUUCAGGCACCUCUUGGAACUCGUCUUUUCCCAGUUGUCAGAGGAUCUGCUCUUGGCCCAGUGACCACUGCUGGCCUGGAGAUUGUAACCCGGGAAACCUGGCGGCCAGCUGUACCUGCCGGCCUGGCUUUAGCAGGGUUAACAUCAGCAACGGGGUGCAGUGCCAGUUGGUCACCCCACCAGACCUACUAUUGUGUAAAAUGGGGAUAGUGGACAAGCAGGGUGUGACCGUCAACUCUACUUACACCAGCAACAUCACGACGUGCGACAACCAGAGGGAUGAGUGGAUAAACUCACAGCCUGAUAAACUUUACUUUGCCAUAACUGCCAUGCUCAAUGUCAACCUCAGUCACCCGUGGCCACAUUAUGUGACAGAAUUCCAAGUAGGGGUUGUCGGUGCCAGAGUCAGAAUGAUAAAAUCAUUCCUCAACGGAUCGGAAACAACAUUGAACACCACCAUUCUCGACACGACCCCCUACUGCCGUGCCAACGUCAGCACGUGGAAACCUGUGGUAGGUGGCGCUCUGUUGGACUGUGAAGCUACAGUUACCAUUCCUGUUGUUGACUUGCUGGAUGGAGAAAGAUUCUGUGUUGAAGUGGAGGCAUUAUCCGGUGGCUAUUACACAGUGGCAGACGACAAUAGAGUAAGACAGAACCAGGUAACCUAUCAGCAACAAUCAAAGAGGAAGAAAGUCUGCUUCUUGUACGAUGAGACCAGACCGGUGCACUGCUCUGACAUACCCGGAAGUUGCGACAGCAAGCCACUUAACCUCUCCUCACGCCUGACCCGCACUCCUAGUAUCCGGGUGUCUGUAAACGGGUGGCUGGAUCCCGCCCCUCAAGGUCAAGCUGACGGGUCUGCCAAGCUGCCUGCUACCCACAUCGACCAUUACCGGUUAGAGGUUCACGCUGUCAACGUAAACCUCACGACUCUAACUGUACAGGAGGAAGCUGCGCCUAACUUGACCAAGGAGUGGGAGGCUGACUUGGUGUCGGCAGGGGGCCCCUAUGAGGUAGAGCUGUCCCUUCCAGGAGACAGGCCCCAGCUGUACGCCAUCAUCCUGGAGGUCCACGAUCUCGCCGGGAACGUCGCCUACGCGCGCCGCCUGGUCAUGUUCGAUAACUCGUCUUCUGUGAUGCUUCUUGAUUCUGCAACCGUGCUAGUCGUGUCCGCUGACCCCAGGUCCCACUACAGAUGGCAAACAGACAUCUCAAGAAACGUGUGUCUGGAAUGGAAACACAGGUUCUAUAACUCUGCUCUAAGAAGCAACAACUGGCUACUUCCUGUACAACACGACACUGGCCGAAACAUCCGAGGCGUCUAUGACCAGAUUUCUGGAACCCUGCCUGUCAGCGGCACCGACAACAUCAAUGGGGUGGUUACAUUCGAGGUCAUGUGGAGUGUAGACGGAGAGUCAAGGUCAUCACCAAUCAAGGUGACUGACUUCCAUUCCGAAAGCAUCUGCCUGAGUCAGCCACUGUUGGACGGUCAGACGUACGUUAUCUGGAUCCGGGCUGUUGACAUCAUGAAUAAUUCUAAAGAAGACAGCGUGCAAGUCAGCAUCGACCACACAGGCCCUAUAGUCAGCCUGCUGGGACUUCAGGAUCAACUAGGCCAAGACGUGCUGUACGUGCACAACUCCACUGACCUCUCCACCAUGAGGCUCCGAGUGCAUGCGGCAGACACCCACAGUGGCCUGAACAGGGUGGAGUGGAGGCUGGGUACCAGUGACCUUGCUGAUGACCUGGGUACUGGAGCUAUAGGAGUUCAGAGACUGAGUAAUGAGAUGGACUGCACCACCACCAACGCCAGCUGCUACUGCCCAGUCGUCGGUGUGUGUGAGAUCGAUGACUAUGUCAUCACCUUCAACAGCCUGACGAAGAACCACACCCACGAAGGGCUCCAUCAUCGAGAAUAUUUCAUCACGGUCAAGGCCACUAACAACGCAGGUCUUCACGCCCUAAAAAAGAUUGACAUUCUUGUUGAUGCUACUCCGCCCACAGUGGGAGUGGUAUGGGAGGGGCUUAGUGAGAACGAGAAGGGGGACGUGGACUUUACCAGCAGCCGCACCCUGCACGUGCGUUGGCAUGGUUUCCAAGACCCCGAGAGCGGCGUUGUCCUGUACCUUGUGACUUUGUCUCGGCAAUGUUUCCCGCAGGAAGACAAAGAGAUGGCCCACAAUGCCACGUACAUUCGAAAGGGUGACAUGGCCACCUUGACGUUUCCCCACGAAGGUCAUUAUUACGUCAGUGUGGUGGCUUACAAUGGCGCCAUGUCCCCGUCAUCAGUGGGGUGUUCAGAUGGAAUCACCUUUGACACAACGCCCCCACACUUACACAACGUCACAGUUGCUGGCGCUCGUGUCAGGCGGGUGAUCACGUGCACACAGUCCGGACAACCCUGGCUCAUCAACUCUAACCUCACUUGCGUCAGAUUGUCUCCGACUGCAGCGUGUACCCGGGUGUGCAAUCGUCUUCUGUACAGAUCCUCAUCUUCCGGUGACCUUCCGGAAAUGACCCAAGAUGAAUACGUGAUGCUGCCUUCCGACAACUUGCGGGUGCAGUGGUCUGGGGAAGACAAGGAGAGUGAGAUGGAGGAGUACUGGGUUGGUCUAGGUCGAGACAGGUCCACAGCCUCAGCACCAGACCUGCAGCCCCUGACACCAACACACGGAAGGCAGGUCUUCCAUGUGACCCACACUGGUCUGGGUCACGGCGAUAUCUUCUACCUCUUCCUGCGCGCACUCAGCAAAGCCGGUCUUGAAAGGCAGGCUGACCAUUGGACCACUCAUCAUUGA